GAAGAGAGUACUUAAUUAAAAAAUUAUAUAUAUAAAAAAAAACCUUUAAACCUUCACCAUUUUUUUUUUCUUGUCAAAGUAGGUUGCAAUGGCGAACCCAGAAGCAAAGCUCGAAACUUUCUUGCAGUGGCUACAGGCAAAUGGGGUGGAGCUACGAGGUUGCAAUAUCAAGUACUGUGAUUCCAGAAAAGGGUUUGGCAUAUUUUGUGAUAAAGAUGUUUCUGAUGGGAUUUUGUUGGUUGUUCCACUAGAAUUAUCAAUUACUCCAAUGAGGGUAUUGCAAGAUCCUUUUCUAGGACCAGAAUGUAGAGCAUUGUUUGAAGAAGGAGAUGUAGAUGACAGGCUCUUAAUGAUGUUGUUAUUGACGGUGGAGCGUUUGCGCAAGGAUUCUCUAUGGAAACCGUACCUUGAUAUGCUUCCAACCACUUUUGGAAAUACACUUUGGUUUAGUGAAGAGGAACUUCAAGAGCUAAGAGGAACAACAUUAUAUCGUGCAACUGAAUUACAGAAGAAAAGCCUGUUGAAUUUGUAUGAAACUAAAGUGAAGGAUAUAGUAAAGAAACUUUUGACUCUUGACAGCGAUUCUGAGAAAGAGGUGUGCUUUGAAGAUUUCCUUUGGGCAAAUUCAGUAUUUUGGAGCCGUGCUUUGAACACUCCAUUGCCUCGUUCUUAUGUAUUUCCUGAGAUGCAAGAUGUUCAUCAGAGUUGCACUCCAAAAGCUGAUGAAAAUGGAAGCCAAGUCACAAAAUCUGACGAUCUAACCAAGGAAACUACACAUAGCACAGUGCAAGGAGAUACUGUUUGGGUUGAGGGUCUUGUACCUGGCAUUGACUUUUGCAACCAUGAUUUGAAGCCAAUAGCAACAUGGGAAGUUGAUGGAACUGGCUUAACAACAGGAGUUCCUGUCUCCAUGUAUCUUCUCUCCGCUGCUCAAAGUCCCUUGCAGAUUGAUCGAGAAAUUUCCAUUAGUUAUGGCAACAAGGGAAAUGAGGAACUUCUAUAUCUGUAUGGUUUCGUCAUUGAUGGUAACACAGAUGACUACCUCAUGGUCCAUUAUCCUUCAGAAGCAAUCAAUACUAUUUCUUUUUCAGAGUCUAAAAGCCAGCUUCUUGAAGUGCAGAAGGCUGAAAUGAGAUGUCUUUUACCCAAAACUCUGCUGGAUAAUGGAUUUUUUCCAUCAGGCACCGAAAACAGUGGAGAAAAUAACAAGAGCAACAAAGUUUGCAAAUAUAGUUGGAGUGGUCAGCGCAAGACUCCAUCUUAUGUAGACAAGCUUGUUUUUCCUGAGAAAUUUAUGGCUACCUUGAGGACCAUAGCCAUGCAAGAGGAUGAGCUUUUCAAGGUUUCGUCAAUGCUUGAAGAGCUUGUUGGACCUGAAGGGGAGAGACAAUUAUCAGAUAUAGAUGUCCAGUCAGCAAUAUGGGAGGUUUGCGGUGAUUCUGGAGCUUUACAAUUGCUAGUUGAUCUUCUUCAUGUCAAGUUAAUGGACCUUGAAGAGCAUUCUGGAACAGAGGAAAAUGACUUUGAAUUGCUCAAGAAGGCCCUUAUCAUUGAUAGCCAGGAAGAUAGCAAACACAGAAUGGCAAAUGACUCAGAGGAAACAACGUUGAUGACUAGAAACAAAUGGUCUGCUAUUGUAUAUAGACGAGGUCAAAAGCAGCUAACUCGAUUAUUCUUGAAAGAAGCAGAACAUGCUCUGCACUUAUCGAUGAGCGAAGAGAUGGCUGUUCCUUGAUAACCAUGUCACAUUGUAAAGUUCCUCUUGUUACCUGAUCUUUAGUCCAAGUUAGAUUUUUAUUCAUUGUCAAUUCAGUUCUUGGCAGUUUACAUGAUUGUUCGAAGGGUUAUUUAGCUCCAAUUUUUUAGUGUUGAAAGUUGAUUCUUAAAAAUGUCUGUGACAUCUAUAAUUCUUAUACUCUAUUCGCACGCCCUUAAUUGGGGUGAAAAUGAAGUUUUUAUGAUAAACAAAUAAUAUGAAGAACUUAUUCUUGCUCUACCAAA